AUGCCACUUUAUACUCAUUCAACGGUUCAGUACAAGAUUACUUACUCUAUAUUCAAUCACCACUGGGCAAGAAGUAGAGACCCUCAGUUUGUUUACAUUAGAGGAUCAAAUGGAGAGACAGCUGAACAUCCGUGUGAUGCAGACUUCAAUGUAAUCAACCAAGAUGUUCUGUGUGUUUUUGAGAGUGAUAUUGACAUCGGGGAUUACGAAUGUGUAUUUCUGAAGAGUGGAGGAAGAGAUGGACUUGAUCUAAAAAAGGUGUCGGUGCAAAUAGACGGUAUAGAGACACACACAAUUGUUCCUCAAGGCCGUGCAAACUCUAUAGGUCUGGACAAUGGUGAAACCAAAAAGUUCUGUAAAUCUGUUGAUGGUGGAUGGAGUGACUUUGGAGAGUGGUCAGUCUGUUCUGCUGAAUGUGGAGGAGGUUCUCAAAGCAGGAGUAAGACCUGUACAAACCCCAGUCCAGCGAAUGGUGGAAAUGAGUGCCUGGGGGAAAAUGAUGAGACAAGCAGUUGCAACACUGAGGCCUGCCCAGAGCCAGACAAAGUGUGUCCAACAGGAUAUUCGUUGUGCUCGGACGGUCAGCAAUGUAUCCAAACUACCAGAGUAUGUAGUGGAUAUGAAGAUUGUGAUGAUGGGUCAGACGAAAGAAACUGCGCAGAGCAUAAGUGUGAAUACGGAUAUCAGAAGUGCGCGGACGGUAAGCAAUGUAUCGACUCUACCUUUGUAUGUGAUUUUGACGAGGAUUGUGACGAUUGGUCAGAUGAAAAAGAGUGCUCGAAUAAUUAUUAUUAACUACUAAGUAAGCGGGGACUUAGUAGUUUUAUUUCUUGGGAUUUGUAAUAUAGGUUGGUGGAAAAAAUCUUUGGAAAUUAGUGUAGAUUAAGAGUAGUUUAGUGUAUCAUUGGUUUUGUAGAAGUGGAGACACGUGGCAUGGUAGUCGUGUGGACUAGUUUAAGGAUUUAGAGUGGUGUAUUUGCGCCACGUGGUACCAUGUGGUUCGCCAUGUGGUAUCACGUGGUUCGCCAUGUGGUAUCACGCAGUCGCUGGUUGUUGGCCCUGUUGUUGGCAGUUCUUUGAGUAGUAAGUUUGGUGACGUGUAAAAUGUUAACCGCAACUCAAGAAUAAGUUAACGUGGCCCGAUCAGCUACGCGUUUUUACAUUUU